CGAUUUCGCCACGCAACCCGCCAAUCAGCGUCGCCUUUCCUAGUUCCUUCUUUGCCUCCUCCAGCGGCCGACCGAUCCGGAAGGAUCCUCUCUCUCUCUCUCUCUCCGACCAAGAAGGGAAGGGAAGGGAAGGGAUGGGAGGGUUCCAGAGGCAGGUGAAGGAGAGGACCAUGGAGGUGAAGGUGGCGGUGCUCAAGGGCGUCAGGGUCGUCGGCGACUUCGGCAAGAAGACGUGGAACAAGGUCAAGGCCAUCAAGCGCUGAUCCGUCAGAUCACCCCGCCCGUCUGCUUCCUUCCUUCGCUCCAGUCCCAUAGCUGGUUCAUGUACUGCCUGAUAGGAUCUGUGUUCAUCUACUGCCUGAUAGGAUCUGUUUUUUUUUCCCCCGGUUGUGGUUGUGAUUUGGUUUGUUGGAUCUGUUUUUGAGGCAACUGAAAAUCGUAUGGCUUAUAUUUAGCCUUCUUUUAUACAGUACGUAUUUCCUUGAUUA